AUGGAGCACGUUAAGGUAUUAUGGUGCAUGUUAUUUGCAGAUGACACUGUACUGAUCAACAAGAUGCAGAGCACAGGUAACGCUAGGAUGCAGGUUUGGAAGCAGAUCUUGGAGUCUAAAGGCUUCAGGUUGCAUAGAACUAAGACGGAGUACAUAGAGUGUGAAUUCAGUGUUGUGACUAGUGAAGCUAACGUAGAAGUGAGGCUUGAUUCUCAAGUCAUCUCCAAGAGAGGAAGUUUUAAGUACCUUGGGAUUAUAAUCCAAAGUAAUGGAGAAAUUGAUGAGGAUGCCACAUAUCGCAUUAGAGCGGUGUGGUUGAAAUGGAAGCUCGCUUCUGGUGUAUUGUGUGAUAAGAAGGUGCCAAAAAUACCUAAAGUUAACGUGUUGACUAGUCAAGAACCCGUAUGUCCAGAAGAUGAGAAUUGCAAAAAGGAGGUUGCUGAGAUGGAUGUGUAA